AUGUCUACCACCCGAGCUCCACCGAACAAUAUAGUCUACUUCCACUACCACGCUUCUCCCUACGCCCGCCGCGUCGCCUGGUACCUCGCCUUCCGCCGCAUCGCCUACGCAGAAUGCAUCCAACCCCCCAUAAUGCCCCGCCCCGACCUCGCCGCCUUGGGCGUCCACUACAGACGCACUCCCACCAUGGCAAUCGGCCGAGACGUCUACCUCGACUCGCGCGCCAUCAUCGCUCGCUUGGAGCAGCUCUUCCCUCCAUCCACCGAGCAUCCGGCAUUCUCGACAGCAGAGAUGAUGGGCCUAGCGAAGUUACUCGAGAAAUUCGUGGUAGAUGCUAGUUUGUUCGUGCACGCGACGACGAUCAUGCCGCCGGAUCUGCCGGUCUUCAAGGAUGAGAAGUUCUUGAAGGAUCGAGCGGGGUUCUUUGGGGGAAAGGGGAUGAAGGAGGGGAUUAAGGAGAGGAGGGGUGCGGGGUUGGUGCAUGUGAGGCAGUGUUUUGAUGUGGUGGAGAAUUUGGUGGGGGAUGGGAGGGAAUGGGUGGGUGGCGGGGAUAGGGUUACUUUGGCGGAUUUGGAAGGUAAGGAGAGUGGAGAGGAAUGUUUUGAUGGAGACGCUUACUCGAGGGUAGGGGUGUGGUGCAUUGACUGGAUUUUGAGAGAUCUGUCGCCGCCGAAGGAGUAUUUCUCUGAAGAGAUAUAUCCAAAGACCUACGCUUGGAGGGCGAGGUUCAUGGCUGAGCUCGAGGGAGCCAAAUCGCAGGCGCCGAAGCCAGUGAGACUGCAAGGUCCCGAUGCUGUCAAGGCUGUGCUCAACGCGGAUUUCUCGAACAAGCGCAUUGAGGUGGAUGCUGCAGAUCCAAUCCAUAUCGCAGCUGGCACGAAUGUCGAGCUCUACCCGACAGACAGUGGAGGCCAGAUGCAUAGGGACCGAGGACGGCUCAUCAAACUGACCAAGGACGAGGUCGCGAUCGCGGUCCAGUCGCAGGACGGCAGCACUGAGGUGCAUAUACAUGCUCCGAGGUGGAAUUUCAAGAUUGCCGAGUUGAGUGGAUCGAAGCUGUAA